CUCGGGAGAAGCUCUGGCGCCUACAAAUGGCUUUCGUACUCGCACAAUGGCAUUCUGUUGGCAGCAGCGAAUCGGUACACACCGACGGUACGGUACGACUCGAGAAACACUCACUCAACACACACGCUUGUUAAAAGCAAAGAAGUGAGAGGGCAGGGUUAAGGACAACUUACGUGUAUAUAUUUGCUAUUUAUUUGACACUACGAGUAUGACGGAUAAACAAAAUGAAACUGCGAAAAUAUAAUUGAAGUAUGAGAAUAUGAAAAUAAACGCGAAAACUACAAAUCCGAAACAGGUGAAAGUGAAUGUAAAGGCUAAAGGUUAUAGCCAAAACAAAGAGCCGCACCGUGGUAGUGUCGAAAUAGCAGGCAGGUUCAGUUUAGCAUACUGUUAGGCGCUCAAUGCAGCCAACUCCACUUUACUCCUACAUAGUGGCACCGCUUAACGCUCGUAUUUCAUCGUUGACGGCAGCGUCGGUAGACUUCGUAACGCCAUUAUUCGUCGUAUCCGUGCUUACUGCCAGCAGUGUUGUUUUGUCCUUUGUUCGCAUUGCAAGUGCGGUUCGCGCGCCAAUAUAUAUUGAAAUAAAAAAGAAUUUGUAUUCGAAAAUUUUUUAUUGCUUAGAAAAGGUUUCAUACAUACACCGAUAUAUAUUUGUGAGCUUUGCUGGUUGAGUUUUCCAAAAAGUGGUAUGGACCAUUAAAUUUCCUAAAUAAAUUUUUCAAGAAAUCUAUUUGUGUUCACUAAACCAAAUCGUCGUUAUCACAAUGUGCAAGCAAUUCGAGGUUUCAUCAAUUUAGUGAUUGAUAUAGGCAUUUCAGUAAAUAUGUGUAAUUAGAUAUGUUUAAUUUUGUGUUUAUUUUCAAAUCUGAGGUAUAUUUUCGUGUUGGUUAUUAAUAAAUACCGUUAGUUAUUUGUACUUCAGUUGCUAUGAAAGCCAGAGCUGCGGUUCCUAUUGUUUAACUUUGAUGUUAACUUAAGUAGUUCAAAGUUAUUGUGCGGUUUUUAAUUGCUCACAUCCAAAAAACGCGCUCAGGAGUUAUCAGCAGGAAGCCCAAUAUACAUAUGUAACUCAACGUUUCGAAUGCGAUAUCAACCACCGUUAAUCUAAAGUAGGAAUAGUGAUGAAAAUGUAAAAUAUAACAACAACAACAACAAUAAUUAUGUCAUAAGUCAAAAAGCCUCAACGUUGUUAAGAGAGAGCAAUUUGUAUUGUUGCCUCAGAAACCACGAAAGUAGCGUCGUCUUUAAACAGUCGCAACCAUGUAUUGGCACACAAGCCGGCCGCCCUUGCCGCUGCUGCUCACUAAGCCCAUUCGGUUUCAAAGCAAAUGGUCGUAAGGUUUUCCGCAAUCACUAUUUAAAUUACGCACACAAUGUGCGCCGUAUGCCGUCAACGCUGUUAAUGCCAACAGCAAUAGAAACACAGCAACAAAAGCAACAGACAUCAAGAGUAAAUAAGGCGAGAGCCAGCCAGACAUCAAUGCGAGUACAAUCAACGCCAGCAGACGCAAUGCCACAAUCAUUAGCCACAACGAGUGCCAACAACAACUCAGCGAAUGUAACUGCGAGCGCAAUAACGGUGACGGCAGCGACGAACAGCGCAACAGCCUACAACAACACUCGAACGGCAACUAAAAGUCUAGUUUUGGUCGCGGUCGUCAUGCUCGUGUUGCCUGUGGCUUUUUCAGGGAAUGUGGUUGGUGUGGCAGCGGCGGCGGCGGCGAACGACGAGCACUUAAGAAUUAUUGCCGGUGCGGAUUCUGUCAAAGAUGCGGCUACCAAAGCCGCAAUUACUUUGGAAAAGCACAUUGCCAUAAUGGGAACUGGUACGGGUGCUGUUGCAGCACAAACGCCACCUCUGCAGGGGGAUCAACCGAAAUAUUUGAGUUUCAUGGCGAGUGUGUUGCUGAACGACGAAGGCGGCAAUGGCAGUGGCGGCGGCAAGGGCACAGACAGCCGUGCUGGCCUUGGGAGUGGAAAUAGUGGCAGCAAUUUAGUUCCUAUCAAAUCGGCGGUGGCAGUGGACACGUCCGCAGCGGCAAAAGCACUCAACGACUCGUUAGCGUCUGCUGUGACGUCAACGUCGACGGCUGCGUCAGCAUCCACAUCUGAAUGGUCGACACACUUGGCAUUUGUCAUAUUCAAAUGCUGCGUUAUUAUACUCAUUAUACUCGCUGCCAUACUCGGCAAUGUGCUGGUUAUUGUGUCCGUUAUGCGGCAUCGGAAAUUGCGCAUUAUCACGAAUUACUUUGUGGUUUCAUUGGCUGUGGCCGAUAUGCUAGUGGCCCUGUGCGCCAUGACCUUCAACGCUUCCGUUGAGAUUACCGGCAAAUGGAUGUUCGGCGCCGUGAUGUGCGACGUGUGGAAUAGUUUCGAUGUUUACUUCUCAACGGCGAGCAUCAUGCAUCUCUGCUGCAUAUCCGUGGAUCGGUAUUAUGCGAUUGUGCAGCCACUCGAUUAUCCAUUGAUUAUGACGCAGGGUCGUGUCUACUUCAUGCUCUUAAUGGUUUGGCUGUUGCCUGCGCUGCUCUCAUUCCUACCCAUCUGCUCCGGUUGGUAUACGACGGAGGAAAAUUGGAGAUAUUUGAAAACCAAUCCACAUAUUUGCGAAUUCAAAGUGAACAAGGCUUAUGCCAUUGUUAGCUCUUCGAUGAGCUUCUGGAUUCCUGGUUUCGUAAUGGUCUUCAUGUACUAUCGCAUUUAUCAGGAGGCUGUAAGACAGGAACGGCUUGUCUACAGAUCCAAAGUUGCUGCCCUCCUUUUGGAUAAGCACUUACAGAUUAGCCAAAUACCCAAACCAAGACCGAGUAUCCAAGUUGAACAGUCGACCAUAACAACAAUGCGCCGGGAGCGUAAAGCCGCUCGCACGCUCGGAAUAAUAAUGAGUGCUUUUCUACUCUGCUGGGCUCCGUUUUUCCUAUGGUAUUUAACGUCCACACUCUGCUCCAGUUGCACCACACCGCGCAUUGUUGUUGGUAUACUCUUUUGGAUCGGCUACUUUAAUUCGGCUCUGAAUCCAAUCAUUUACGCUUACUUCAAUCGAGACUUUCGUGGAGCUUUCAAGAAAACACUGAAGUCCUGCUGCCCAUAUGACCUCAUAAAUUGUCGCGUCAGCGCGGGCGCUGACCUACCGCCAUACAUCAAUUCCACCGCCUCCUCUGAAAUCCACAUGAACAUCAUACGCACACGUCAAUACGCCACGUCGUCAUCGAACCAGCUGCAACCGCUCUACCAGAACUAAAACAACACAGACCUAAAACAGCAUGUGGACCGAGGAAGGAGUGUCUGCAGCAGAAAGGGACAUCGAGGCAAACGAAGCGAAUAUAAACUCGACGAUGGUUGAAGCUGGUGAACAGGCCAAAUAACUACGCCAAACAAAAAUAGCAACAAAAUGAGCUCGGAUAAAUAAACAAUAAACAAUAAUAAUAAUAAUAAUAAAUUUUAUGUGUAUGUGUAAGUGUGCGUAUGUGUGUAGUUUGUUGUGAGAAAUGCUCGUAAGUAGGUUAAUAGACUUACAUACAAACAUUUCUGUAGUGCUUAGCUACUAAGAACCUAGUAUAUAAAACGUAGAGAGCUACUAAGCAACUAAGCAGAAUAUAAAAUAUCAAUAUUACACAAUAAAUGAUAAAAUAGAAGAAAAAGGAAGAAAAAUGAAGAAAAGUAAGAGGCAUCUAUUAAGUGUUGUAUUUGUAUUAUAUGUAUAGUAGCAAAUAUAGUGAUUAGUAUUGUAAUUGCAUCGGCAGGAUAUUAAAUUACAGUGAGUUUACGAGAAUAAGAGACAACAGUUUAAAACUACAAAACAUCGUGACAAUCCCACAGAAUUGAAAAAGCCUUGAAGAACUUCAACAAAAAGAAGUCAAAUAAAUUCUUGAAUGAUUGCAUCCACAAGAAUCUGUGUAUGUACAUACAUACAUACAUACAUACAUAGUUAAAUAGUAAAUAAGUAAUUAACAAUUGUGUGUAACAAAAACAAGACUGCGCUUUGAGAGUGCAGUUUAUACCAGCGCAGCUACAUACAUACAUACUACGAGCGUCCAAAGGAGAAUCUAUCGAUUGGAAACCCGUUAUUACGGCACUCUUCGUACGAUGACACCCUUGAAGAAUGCCUUGUUAAAUUUUUCUUCCCUUCUGAUUUUCAAAAUCUCUCGAUAAGAGAGUCGCUUUGGACAUUUAUUGGAACGGAUUUGCUUAUUAUUCGAUAUCAUCCGUUUUACCCACAGUAUUCAUGAUAAGACUUUAUUAGUUUGCAACACAUUUUCAAUAAAAUCAUUAUAGACUGGACCGACAUCACUUUUCAAAAUAGUUUUAACCAUUUAUGUGGUUCCUGCUGUGACACCCUGUGCUAAAAUAUAGAUAGAGAGACGACCAAAGCGAUUAUAUAAAAAAAAAAUGUUGCGAGAGUGCGAUAAUGAAAAAUAAUAUCGAAGACAAAUCUUUCCACAUCGGCACGUACUUUGUAUGUAGGAAUAUGCUGGUAUAUGGUAAACAUAUCCUUUGUUAUUAAAUAAUAAAAAUAUCAUGAAAAAAGCAAAAUAAAUAUAAAUAAGAGUGGAGUAAAGAAAGAGUGGCAAAAGGAAAUUUAUAGUAAAUAUUGUAAAAGAAUACACACCAAAAUACAUACAUAGAUGUCCCCACUGAAUAUAUGGAAAUAUAUAAUAUACAUACAUACAAACAGUAUUUUGAUACACGAAUGUUUGCUGUAUCUAGCAACCGUUGAUAGUGCUACUGCACUCAGAUCAAAUAGUUGUACGCUACACUAACACUAGUAAGACUCAGAUUUCGACCAGAAACAUACUAGUCUAAACUCAGCUCAAAAAUGGACAAAACAGUUUCUUGCGCUGGUCUUGUUGUCUAGUUGGAUUUCAAACAGAAGUUGCUAGUAUUACUUAUUAAAUAGUUAAUGUAUAUAUAUACAUAUGUGUACACAUAUUGGAAGCUCCCACCAUCGAGGCUAGGGAUGGCAAAAAAUUUUUUUUAAUCGAUUAAAUAAUCAAAUGAUUAAUUGAAAGAUAUAAAAAAAUAAUUGCAAUUAAUUGCAAUUAAUGUAAAAAAAUCGAUUAAUCGAUUAAUUCCAAUGUUUUCAAAUAAUACAAAAUUGCAUAAAGACCACCAUCAGUUUCAGCGCCGAAUCUUGUAUUAUAAUGCUCUAUCACAGAGUCCCAGACAUAUCCAAAAAGAGAAAAUGGCCUACAUUUGAAGUUAAGUAGCACAAUGACAUUAAAUUUUUCAAAAUAUGCACAGCAAUCUUAAAGUAAAACAAUUGCCUCUUGCUUGAAAGGCUAUGUUUUGCAACUUUGCGUAAAAAUAAAACCAAUAAAAUAUGUAUGUAUGUAUGUGAUUGGCGUUCAACCGUUUAGACGGUUAUAGCCGAAUCGAUGAGAGCGCGCCACUCCUCUCUUUCCUUCGAAGUUCGGCGCCAGUUGGAGAUUCCAAGUGUAACCAGGUCACUCUCCACCUGGUACCCUCCAACGGAGUGGAGGCCUUCUCCUUCCUCGGCUUCCUCCGGCGGGUACUGCAUCGAACACUUUCAGAGCUGGAGUGUUUUCGUCCAUUCGGACAACAUGACCUAGCCAGCGUAGCCGCUGUCUUUUUAUUCGCUGAACUCUUCCAAUCGUCUGCGGUAUUCGUCGUUGCAAAUGUUCGGAGGUCCGUAAAUCUUGCGCAAAAUUCCUCUCGAAAACUCCUAGUGUCGUCUCAUCUGAUGUUGACAUCGUCCAAGCUUCUGCACCAUAAAGCAGGACGGGAAUGAUAAGCGACUUGUAGAGUUUGAUUUUGGUUCGUCGAGAGAGGACUUUACUUUUCAAUUGCCUACUCAGUCCAAAGUAGCAGUAAAUAGGAGACUAUAUUCUUAUUUCAUACAUUCAAAUUGUGUUGGUAUAUACACAAAAACAAAAACGUAAAUAAAAUUAAAAUAUCGUAUUAAAAAUUCAUUUGUCUUAAAAGGAAAAUAUAUUCAUGAAGUCAAGAAAAUUUAGAAGUCUGUUCAACCAAGUUUGAAGAAAAAGCAAUUUCGAUAAACGUUUUGUUGUCAAACGAUUGCGUUUUUCGGUCGCAGUUGCACCCGCUUUUGAUAUUUGAGUUGAUAUUUAACGUAGUUAUUGCUUAUUUUAUUAAAAAAUUUCCAUACUUCGCUUUUAACUGGCGCCAUUGCACUUCAAACAACUGAACGUAAAAUGCGUUUGACUUAACUGUAAAUGCAGUGUUACCAGAUAUUCAUUUUUUGAUAUUAAACUACGUUGACAUAUUAGAAUUUAACUAUGUUUACAACGUUUGCACUCAUUAAUGACUGAUGUGACCAAUUUCGACCCUUGUAAGCUAACUUAGAUGAAUAUAAAAUGUAUUAAAUUUGAAAAUGCUGUUUGCGAUUAUUUUGCAAUUACUCGAGUAAUAGUCGAGUAAUUUGAAAAGGUGUUUCGAUGCAAUUAAAUCGUAAAUUAAAUGAAAAUAAUCGAUUAAUUUAAUCAAAUGAUUAAUCGUUGCCAUCCCUAAUCGAGGGGUAGGCUCAGUAAGUCAGUGUACCUUUGUAAUGACUUAAUGUUUCUUGUUCUUAUUUUAUUUAAACACUGCAAGAUUUGCUCAUGUAGUAUUAAGUAGACACAAACUUUUCAAAAUUCUAAUUUAACCCUUAAAAAAUUUCAACAUAAAGUCAAUAAUACUUUGUGGUACUAAACUAUAGCAUAAUCCAUUACAAAAAAUUUACCAUAUUGAUAACUGUGAAGCAUUUUUAUGCUUGUGGCAUAAUUUUUAGAAUUACAUACAUGGUUGCUUCCAAUAAGUGUUACUUCAAAACAAAAUUUGUAUAUAAUAUUUGAGAUACGAAUACCCUGAUAUUAUCACGAUCCGUCACCUGUAUUUUCCACGGUAUGCUGUAAGAUCGAGAAUAAGGCAUCAUGAAAUUUCAUUUUCAUUUGACACUUUUAUAGUAUUAUCUCCUUAUUGAGGCCACAUAUCAUCUCUUUCCAUUUCGUAUCAAGAUUACAGAUAUUAGAAAUAUACAAUCUAUAUUUUGGGUCUUAAUCUAAUCUACAGUUUAGUCGCACAUCAACGAUUUAAAACUCAUAAACAAUUACUGUAGCCGAGUCCAGUAAGGAAGAACUGUGUUAUGACGUAGCCGAACUCUAGAUACUAUUUGCUCUCCUUAUUAGACGCAUAUGUUAACCGAUUGCACUCAGUAUUAGUAUCAUAUUAACUUUUAACAGUACAUAUAUAUUUUACUUACUUAUUUUGUUCCAUUACUAUAACCUGAUUAAUAACUGAAAUAUGUACUCUAAAGUGCAAUCUGAAGUUAUUCGUUGUCACUCAUUUUAAAAAAUAUAUUUCUUCGUUUUAAUAAGAUAUCUCCGAGAUAAUGUUAAACGGAAAGGUGAAAAACGUCACUUGUUAAUUUAAUUCAGAUAUAUCAGAUAUAUUCUAUAUAAAGUUAACUGAAGGCAUGAAGAUCCUCAUACUCUGUGUAAGCGAGAAAAAUGGACCCAUGUCAUCUUUCUAUACUUGAGAUUAUGACAAAUGUUAUUUGUUUUGCUUCGAAAUCUUCUGUAGUCAUCUGCAGUAUCAUCACCUUAUCCUGCUUAUUUUGAUAACCCCAAAUGAAUCUCGAUAAGAUUUAUGCAUUAAAAGCGACCGUUAGGUGAAUAAAAGCAUUAUACUCUUGUGCAACAUGUUGCCAGAGUAAAAAAGAUAAACUUUCUGUUGUUGUUUGCGCACAUUGCUCGACGCCCGUACUUGUAGCCUUUGUUUUGUUUGUUUUACUGGCGCUGGCACAUUAUCUUUUGUUCUGUUCGCACAGCAAUCUUGAAAUCAUACAUAUGCACGUGUUUGCACACCACAUUUAGCUGUGUACAAAUUUAAUAAUACUUCAAUGCUGUUGCAAAAAGGCGAAAUUAAAACGCAUAUUAACUGCACGGCCGGAGGGCCGACUGGGGAGUGCCAAUGUAAGGCUUUAAAUAAAUACUGCGAGACGAAAUGCAAACGAGCUCCAGCUAAAUAAAAUUGACAAUAACUGGGGAAAAAAGUGCGAAGGACAAGUGGGAUGAUGUGUGAUGCGGACGUCAUCAAAACAACAAAAAUACACACUUUUUCCCAAAAAAAUGAUGUUGAAAACAAAAGUACAGUUAAAUGAAAAUGUAAAAACGUUGUGCUUAUUGUUGGUGCUUUUAUUUGAGUGAAAACAAUAAACACUCGGAAUAAAUGAAUAAAUUUGCGAAACAGUCCUUAACUAAGCCAAUUCACAUGCAAACAUGCAUACAUAUGUAAGUACAUACGAGUCUGGAAAUGAGCAAGCAUUCGGUAAAAAAAAAACUUUGACAAAAGUGUUGGAACAAAAGCGGGAACCAACUUUUUGGCAUCAGAUCUGUUUUUUAAGUGUGUGGAAGGUAAUUUAUAUUCCACAAUUUAGGAAAAAUCCUCAACACAACUUUAAUUGUAUACAUACAUACAUAUCUGUAUGUAAAAGUGUAUGCUUAGGUCAGAGCAUUUGAUCUCGCAUCGUUUUGUUAAAGGAUAUCUAUGUAUAUUACUAUGUAUAUGCGAUUUUUAUAAACAAUUUCCUGACGACUUCUUGAGCUUUAUGCUUUGUUUUAGCCCAAGAUGGCCUAGCUACAGUGGGGUCGUCUAUCUGGGUCAAAGUCGGUUAGUUACCUCACAUCAAUGUAAAGAUCCAUCCGUUCAUUUCGACUAUAGCGCGCCCUUCAAAUCGAAAUUUGUUUUGGCUUUUAAGUUGAUUGUGUGAGACAUCCGUUCAUGUCCAUAAAAGUUUUACCAAACGAAGAGCUCGGGUAUGAAUACCGAUAUCGCAUUUAUUUAUGUACACGACAUCUGACAUAUUUUGCUGUGUGUUUCUGAAUAUUGAAAAUGCAAAAAAAUAUUAGUUCAUAUGGCAACAUGACUCAAUUUCAUUAUAUAUUUGCACCUGUAAAUAUUUUAAGUGAUUAAUACAAAUGCUAUAACAAGGCGAAUUAGGAUCAAACUUUCAGAUCAAAAAUUUAUUUUCGGUCAAUUUGCAUUUAUUAAAAGAAAUUGACGCAAAAAUAUUAAAAUGUGCAAAUAAUUUAUAAAUUUCAAGGAAGCCUUCCAUCCUGUCCUGUUAUUCCAAGAAUUUCUAAAUUUUCGACUAUUUCUGGAGGUCAUUCGCAGAAUGAACUUAACAUGCUUACUUGCAAACAUUUAAAUAUUAUAUACCAAAAAACCCAUGUGGAUUUGUGGUAUGUAUAGUAGGGGUGGAGAUAAAUGAGCGCAAUUUGAUAGGCAAUAAAAUGUGUGAACAACUUGUCGAUAUGUCGGCCGUUUAUUCGAGCGAACAUUUAUUGUCACUGAUUUUUAUGGGCACUUACUUCGAUUUCAUUUCAUUAAUAAAAUCACAUAGAAGAAAGGGGCAGAAGGGCAGGGUAUUAUUGUGUAUUGCCGCCUUCAGGUGUUAACGUAAACGAAAAGUAAACGGUAAAUAAACAAUAUGCGAAGCUAUUUAUGGCACGGCGUCUCGAGUACUGGUGUUUGCGACCGGUGGCAAUCAAUGAAUUUGGUGGCAACUCAACCAACCACUGAAUGACGACUUUGAUAGCGAACAUGUACGAGUAUACUUUAGGGCAGUUCACUUGGAAGUUUUAUUGCUGUUAAUAUUGUGAUAAUAAGCAUGCAAAUGAGCGUGGAUCCAUAUAUGUUUGCGUAGGAAGGCCAAUUUGUUAGGCUUUCAUUUUAAUAAUAUGUAUCAUAAUGACUUAUGUCCUUUCGUUGAACUUUAUACCGUGUAUAUCGGUUAAUAUGUGAGAUAUCUGAUUGAAAUAAAGUAAAGACGUCUUCUCAAGUAUUGUGUAAUUUGGGGUAACUUGACUUGACGUUCUCUAGGCACAUACAGGCAUUAUAAUUACUGGUUAUUGUCUUUAUACAGUACCCAUAUGGUUUAGUGAUAAGCGAAAUAUACGAGGGAGAGUGAGAGAGUGAGUCCAUAUCUUCCCUCAACAUAUAUAUGAUACAUACUGACAUAUAUAUGUAUUGAUAAAAUGGUUUUUGUUUGAAACAUAAAGAAAAUUCUAUCUAACGCAAAAGUUAAUAUGAUUAUAUAGAGUGUUCGGCUGCUUCCGAAAUCCCUUCCUUACUUAUUUCACGAACAUGUUAUGCAAUUAACUCCUCUUAAGACAUCUUCAAAUCUCAUACAAAAAAAAAACAAAAAUUUUCUCGUUUCUUUAAUUCUAUGUAUAUAUUUAAAUUUUAUUCACCGUUACAAAUAUACAAAUUAUAGAUACAUACUAUAUCUUAUCAUAGUAUUAUUUUCAAUCGACAAUGCCGCCUACAUACAUAGUAGAAAGUAGUUGGCAAAUACAGAAAAUUCUUAUGUUCUUAUCUAUAUAAGUAAGUAAGUAAGUAGGUAUAUAAGUAAAUGUGUGUGUGUGUUUGUGUUUGUUAAUGGUCAAUUCAGGAAUUGAAAUACUAUGAAGUUUACAAUAAAAUUAAAGAAAACAAAGACAAAGACAAAGACAAAUUAUAUGUAAUUAUUAUGUAUUUGUAAUUGGGCGUUAUAUUUACGUAAAUAUUAAUAUGAACGUUGCCAAUGUAAACAUUACGGCCACACAACCAUAUGUAGUUCGUGGAUCCGUUAUGUUAUAUAUACAUAGUAUACUUUGUGUAGAUGUACCAAGGUGUAUAUAGUAAUAUGUACAACUAGGAUAAAAUUCUAUUAAAAUAUGUAUAAAUAAAAAUACGAAUACAAAUUAUGUCUGACAUACAAAUAUAAAUACAACAUGAAUGAGUUAAAUGAAACUUAAUGAAAAACCAGCACAACUGUACUUCAUUUGGGGAACUCGUCGUGUUCUUUGAAACCACCAAAGUCAGAUUACUCAAAUCAGGGGUACCGGUAGUGCUGUCUUCCGUUUAUGUAUAGAGUUAUUACAACUGGAACACUGCAGCGCAAUAUUUAUUCACCUAACGGUAGUUAUGUGCUAAAUAAUCAAUGCUUGAAGGUAAGUUGUAGUAUGGAUCAAUGAGCUAG